UUGAAGCCCCCUUUCGAAUUCGAUGGAGUAGUUGGGGGCUGGCCCAGCAUUCGGGGCGAUGUUCCUUUGAAUCCGAUCCAAUUUGGUAGAAACCCCGUACUGAACCGGAAUUCCGGAUCCGUUGUAAUCUCCAGUUUCAAGUUUAACCUUAAUGGCCAGAAUUGAUGGCACAGGCGAAAAAUUCAACGUCAGUUCAAACAUCGAACACCAAUCCCAAUCCGGCUCCGGCCAGAGAGAAACAGAGAGAGAUGGAAGAGGCGAACGCCUUGGCUCAGCAUCAGCAGCAGCUGUUGCUGCAGCAGCACCAACAACAGCUCCUUCUCUUACAACAAUACAAACAGCAGCAACAUCAACAGCAGCAGCAACAAGCGAUCGCUCGUUUCCCUUCCAACAUCGACGCCCAUUUACGACCUCCAGGCAUUCACCGUUCGAUAAAUCUUCAACAACAGCAGCAACAACAACAACAGCAACAACAACAACAUCAGAACCCUAAUCCUAGCCCUAUUCACCAGCAACAAAUCCCUAACCAACAGCAGCAGCAGCAACAACAACAAAAUCAACAGCAACAGCAGCAGCAACAACAGAAUCAGCUUCAUCAGCAGCAACAACAGAAUCAGCUUCAUCAGCAGCAACAACAAAAUCAGCUUCAUCAGCAGCAACAACAAAAUCAGCUUCAUCAGCAGCAGCAACAACAGCAACAACAGAAGGUUAAUCGACAGGGGCAUCAGGCGGAGCUCGAAAUGGCCUACCAGGACGCCUGGCGUGUCUGCCAUCCCGACAUUAAGCGCCCUUUCUCUUCCCUUGAAGACGCAUGCGAGAGGCUACUACCUUACCAUGUUGUGGCAGAUUAUGAAGCUGAAGAAGAUGACAGGAUCCUUGAUUCUGACACAACAGGUCAGAUGCCCUCACGAUCGCAGCAGUGGGACUACAACAUUGCAACAAAGGUUGCAGAGUUCACAAACACUUUUGAGAAACAAGUCCUUGCGUUCAAUAUAAUAUCUCGGAAACGGGCUUUAGGGGAGUUCCGUUCAGAGGAGAGGCUGAUGAUUGAGCAGGCUCUCCUUCAAGAUGAGAAACAAGCCCUGCUAGAGUUAAGGGCAGAAAUUGAAUCCAGGGAGAAGGCUGGUCGAGAAGCUGCAGAAGCGAAGCUGCGGAUGGCAGCAAUGGCUCAGGCAGAGCAAGCUCGUGUGGAGGCACAAGCCCAUGCUGAGAUGAUGGCACGUGGUCCAAUGCGGGGAAGUGCUGCAGGGUCUCAAGUGGACGAGGGUUCAGUUGGCCAUGACAUGGUUGGGCAGGAACAGGGUAACGUGGAUGAGAUGAUGCAUGGAUGGGGAAAUACUCAGAGAGAAGAUGAAGAACCGUCUGAAGAUUUUCUCAAUGACGAGAAUGAGCCUGAAAAUGGAGAGACAGGAAUGCAAGAUGAAUGGAGGGAAGUUGGGGAGUUCGAUUUGAACACGAGGUAACAACGAAGUUGGGGCGAUUGAACCUCAGUGGAUAAUGUGUCUGUAUGCUUAGUAAUGAGAAGAGAAAAAUUCCUUAACAUGUAUGGUUUAUCAUAGUACUAAUGGCAUUUUGUGAUAUCAGAUGCAUCUUUGAUGUGGUGGAAAUUGACGAAAUUCCCACCUGAACCGGAAGCAAUGCAUCUGAUCAUGUGGUGAGUUUCUGAUCCACAAUUUGAUUGUGAUGUGUUCCGCCAAAGAUGUGAUCUUUUAAAGCAUUGCUGAACUCAGGAACGUCUGAGGUCUGACUGACCUAUUUACUGUACUGGCCAGUGGCCACUGCUGAAAUUCCUCCCUCUAAUUCAUUAUUUCAUGCUAGCUUCACAGUUCGUGAUUUGUAUGUUA